GAGAGGAGGGGAGAAGCGGACUGUCAGACUCCUGGAGACAGAGUGAGGGAGAAGCGGUCAGGUGGCGGGAAGAUGCCCGCGGCGGUGAUGGCGGAAAACUCUGUGGGUUUCAGCAAACUCCUGGAGCAGUGCGAGACCCAAGAGCUGGAGGCUCCUGGUGGAAUAGCAACCCCUCAGGUUUAUGGUCAGCUGCUUGCUUUAUAUCUUCUGCACAAUGACAUGAAUACGGCAAGGUAUCUCUGGAAGAGAAUUCCUCAGGCUUUGAAAACGGCUAAUCCUGAGUUGGGAGGAAUCUGGUCUGUUGGACAGCGAAUCUGGCAAAGGGACUUCCCUGGAAUUUACUCUGUGAUCAGCUCCCAUCAGUGGUCAGAGACUAUCCAGCCCAUCAUGGAGUCACUGAGAGAUGCCACCAGAAGGCGUGCCUUUGGUCUGGUUGCUCAAGCCUACACCUCCAUCAGCGCCGAUGAUCUUGCAGCCUUUGUGGGGCUGGUAGUGGACGAGGCCGUUAAAGCCGUGCUGGAGCAGGGAUGGCAGGCAGAUCCAACCACGAGAAUGGUAGUACCUAAGAAAGCAGAAUCUCUCCCAGUACCACAGAUUCCUAAUGAGCAGCAGUUGGCCAGACUGACUGACUACGUGGCCUUCCUUGAAAACUGACAACCCGCCAUCUGAAGAGAGAGAGAAAGUUUGGGAGAGUAAGCCCAACUGAAUGUCAGUCUGUUGCCUUGAUGGUGGGAUGGGCAGAAACUUUGCGUAUGUUAACCUUGUUCAGAACAAGACUCUCAAUUUCUCUCAAAAUAUUCUUGUAAAUAUCUAGUGCCGCAGAAUUAAAUCCUCUCCAGAGGCUCCCCCAGUGCUUUGUGCAGAGUAAGGUUUUCUUUGAAAUCCCAUUGAAAAAACAAAUAAAUUCCACCCACAAAAUGGUUUCUUU